AUGAACGUUCUUCAGCAAGGCUCAGCCAUUCCUGAUGUCAGCGAUGAGAAUAUUCAAGUAAUAAAAGAAAUUGUAAGGGAUAAUGGUGAACUGAUAGAAGAAUAUGUGGAUUAUUUGGUUUCCACCAUAGCUAAAGUUUAUCCUGACCGUAGAAGGAAACUGUUUUUCGUUAUUGAUUAUCUAUUCAAUAGAAGUCAUGCAUUCCGAGUAUGUGUUAUCGAGAAAAUUGAUGAGAUUUUCUACUCUGUUCUCGGGGUAUGGAUACGUAAACUGCCUGUGAGGCCGGAACCUCAACUUGAUUUAUCUUUAAAAAUAUAUGGAAUGAAGACGUUCAAGUCAUGGGUUGAUAAAUACGGAGAGGGCUAUGAAGCUUUAUUAGUUGCACACCAUUGCUUACUGAACGAGAAGGGUCUUGAUUAUAAAAAUUUAUCCGUUGAAUCAGCUGUGGAAAAAGAAAAGCGUGAAGCAAAGCAGCGUAGAGACGAACAGCGAGCAGCUGAGAAAGCUGCGGUAGUCGAAUCACAAUAUAAGGAAGUUAAAGAAGAGAUGGAAAAAAUCUUGGUGGAAACUGAUAACGCUCUGAGAAUCCUUGUGCCUGUUUUCGAAGAUGAUCCUUAUGAUGCGGAGAAAGAAGAGCCGAAGGCUCCAUACGAUAAAAAUCUUCAUGGUUACAAUACUAAUGAGAGUAUAACUAUUCAUUUAAAGGAGGUUGUCCCAAAUGUUAAAGUAUCAAAAGACAAUGAAGAUGUUGUCCAGGUCGUCCGCGACUGCAAGAUUUCUUUGGAUGGUCACAUCAAAACAUUAAAUAAGUGGUUAAUGUACUUAGUGAAAGGAGACUCUUCUGCUGAUUUGAUAAAACAACUCGUUAGUUUGAAAUCGAAGAUGGAUGGUUUAUGCCAGAAAAUCGACGAAUUGAAACUGCCUAAAAUGAACCCAACGCGAAAGGCACUUGAAUCUUCUGAUGAUGACUCCGACCUUGAAGAUGUUCCCGAAAAGGAAGUCGAAGAUUUUGUCGCACCUUAUGAAGUUCCUGAAUAUAUAAUGAAAGGAAUUGCUCGAAACGAAGCAGGACCGAGUAGCGCCAUUUUGGGUACUUCUUCGAAUAGAACAACUGCACAAUUAGAAAUGAGCAAAGAAACGAGUAAAAAUUCAAACAAAAGAUCUCUGAAUUCUUCUGAUAAAGAAUCACUUUCUGACCAGGAAAAGGUUUGCCGCGCCCCACUAGGCGAUCAUUUGCUUUGUCCAAGGAAGGAUCUGAAAAAAUGUCCCUUUCACGGUGUUAUAGUGGAGAGAGAUGAUUCUGGUGUUCCUUUGAAGCAAGAACCAUUUUCACUGCAGGCCGAAAGGGCAAAAAUACCAAGAGCGGAACUUACAGGUUCAUAUUGCCUUGAUGAUGAUGAAGAGUACAUUCGAGAUCUUGAAGCCGGAACGGGUAAAUCGUUCAGUUUCAAAGGCAAAAAGACGGUCAACCAGGUUUCGAGUGGGCAGGCCACACGUAACCGUCUCACCAAGAAGUUACUUAAUAAGCGAACGGUCAGAAGGAUAUGA